UUUUACACUAAUUUGUUUUGGUUGAAGAAAAAUGAUUACCAACCACCUCCUCUCCACCCUCACCUCCGAUCAUCCAAUUGACUAUGGCUUCUAUAACCUCUCUUCCGGCAUCCUCGAAAACAGAGCAUACGUAAUCGGAUUCUGCAGAGGGGAUAUUUUCGCAGAUUCUUGCCAGAGAUGCCUCAACGACUCCAGACAUCUUCUCCCUUUGCGGUGUCCGACCCAGAACGAAGCCAUUGGAUGGUACGUUACCGGAUUUGUCUCGGCAGCAAUGCGACGAGUGCUCGGUUGGGGCUCUGCCUAUAAUCCGAAACUGCUGUGAUGGAAAAUUGGGGAGUAGAGUUCUUAGACCCAGUUGUAAUUUUCGAUAUGAGAUUUAUUCCUUCAUUGAAUCGCCGCUUUCUCGCCCACCCUUGUCACCGCCUCCGCCGCUAUCCCCUGUUUUUCUUCCGCUUAACAGAAUUACUCAUGGUUAUUUGGUAACGCUAUUGCUUCCACUUUCCUCAGAAUUACUCCCCUUCUUCUCUCUUCACACUUACAUAUUCUGUUUUCAGCUAAUAAAAAUGGAACUUUCGUCGUUGUGGCAAUGCCAAUUACUCUUUUUGUAGUUAUCAUACCAAUUAACAGGGGAAACUUUUAAAUGGACGAAUCGUAGCCGUGAAACGGCUGCGUCAAGCUCCAAGACAUGAAGAUGUUGAGUUAAAAAAGAAGUGGUUUUGUUAUCUAAGCUUCACCAUCGGGAUUUAGUUAAGCUUUUAGAUUUCUCCUUGAAAUAAAAUGAAAAGCUUCUAUACUGCACAAUCUCAAAUCUAUUGCACAAGUUAGAGUUUUCAACUAUUUGUCUCAAAACUCAACUUCUUAAAAACAGCCUAAAAGUCUCUGUCUUCUAACAAAUAAAAACUGAGCCUAAAAGAAGUCUCCUAACCAAUAUCCUAUUUUUGGCAAUUUCUCAAUUUAUUUCUCCUCGUUCCUCUCAUUUUCAUUUCCCGCUUCUCAGUUUCACUCCCUCUGUCUAAAUAAAAAGAAGUCAAAAUCCCUAAUUUUCUUCUUCAUUUUUCUCUUUACGAGCCCCCUCCCCCUGAUCUCUCGCCCUCACAAAAUCUCACGUCCGCCACAAAGGUCCAUUGUCUGCCGUGUAAUCCGUCGUCCGAUGCGUUGACUUGUCGUCCACUGCCUAGUUUCAGCUCCGCCGCUCUAGAUAAUUCUCUGCGUUUUAUUCAUCUUAUAAUUAAUAAGAUUAAUUAUGAAUUAAGUAAUGUGUUAUCACAUAAUCGAAGUGGGUUAUUGGUUUUGGGGAAAUUGAAAUCUUUCACAGUAUUUGCUGGAGGUUUUGAGGCUCCUAAUGAUAAUAGUGGCGGGUACUAUGCACGAACUGUUUUGACCCUCCUAUAAGAUAACUUUUUGUGAUCUUUUCCAAAAGGGGGCCAUGGAUUAUGGGAGUAGCAACGCGGAAGCCAGGCAAGGAAUUCCACUUAAUCGAGCAAGAAGUUUAGGCUCUUCAUUUAGAAGAAACUCAUUUAACUCUUCUGGUUCUGGCUAUCAACCUCCUCAAACGGGUCAUGAUGUUGAAACUGAGAGUGUUUCAGAGGCAGGAGACAUAGGGGACCGUGCUCUUUGCAGCAACAGAAUUAGUGAUAGUGAGCGCUUUAGCUUGUCUCUUGAUCAUGCUUUAGAAAAUGGUGCGAUUGCACCCAUUCCAGAGAACAUCUUUUUGCAAUCCUAUGGAUUUAGAGGCCGUGAGUCUGCAACAAUUGAUGAUACUACUGUUUCUUCUGUGCCACCUCUGGAAGAGCAAAAUGUGUCCUCUCCUUCAACUUGUCGUCCCAUUGUUCAUUCUGGAGACACAAAGCAAGAAAGCAACAUGAAGCUGUCAAAGCUGUUGGAGUAUGUAACCUGCCUCGUUCAUCUUGCUGUUUUUGGAAUUCUUGGGGUCUUGACUAGGUAUGGACUACAAAAGUUGUUCGGUCCAGAAAAUGCAAAUGUGACCAGCAAUGAUACGAUUCUGUAUCCUGAUCUUCCUUCCAAUAUGGUGGGAUCAUUCUUGAUGGGAUGGUGGGGUGUGGUAUUCAAAGGAGACAUAUCCGAGAUUUCAGAUUAUCUAGCCAUUGGACUAACAACCGGUUACUUGGGAAGCCUGACAACAUUCAGCGGAUGGAAUCAGAAAAUGUUGGAUCUCAGUCUCGAUGGCCAUUGGCUCUUUGCAAUCCUUGGUUUCCUCAUAGGCUUGUUUCUGGUGGCCUACUCCAUUAUCUUUGGAAUAGAGACAGCAAAGGGCUUUCGAUGGAUUCUGAGAAGGAAAAAAAUAAGCUACAACUGGUGCUGCAAAGUGGACAGUUACAAGCGCCAUAUAGCAGCAAUGUUGGGGUUUUCCCUCAUACUAAUUCUACUAUGGAGCGUGAGUGGGAGUCUGCUAGAUAAAGAUUUCAGCAGGGGCAAGGGGGCGGAGUUGUGGGUGGGUUGUCUGGUGGGGCCAGUGGGGGUAUGGGUGCGGUGGUUCUUGGCCAGGCUGAAUGGGCGCGGAGUGGGGCAGUGGAAAUGGGUGCCGAUUGGGACUUUGAUAGCAAAUGUUUCGGCAGCUUGUGUGAUGGCGGCACUGGCGACAGUGAAGAAAGCGGUGAAAACAGAGAGGGUGGAGACUGUGGCAAGUGGGCUGCAGCUGGGGCUAUUGGGUUGUUUGAGCACAGUGUCAACUUUUGUUGUGGAGUUUAAUGCAAUGAGACUUAGUGAGGAGCCAUGGAGGGCGUACGUGUAUGCGACCCUCACAAUGGGCAUUUCCUUUGGAUUUGGCAUCUUGAUUUACUCUGUACCUGUCUGGGUCAAGGGACUCAAUGAGUAAUAGGAAUGUAAGGCCCCAUUUUGCAACUUCUUUUCAUAGUAUUUUUGGUUGAAGUUGUUUAUAAACCAUGGUAGUUUUAAGUGAUAGUUAGCUCUUGGUGGUCUUAAAGGGUUGAUGACUCUUAUACAGAAUGCAAUUAGGAAGAAGUAAAUAAGUUUAUGACAUUGUCUCUAUGUUGAAUAAAUUAUUAAUUUCAUAGUGAUUGUACAUGAUACAUAAGAGAUCUAUUAGAUAUAAACUUAAUAAUUUGUUGCUUA